AUUAUGCAUGUGGUUUUUCUAGAGAUCUAUGAAUGUUGAGCUUUUCAACGAUGUAAGUGCCAAGUGUGCCACUGAUAAUAUGCAGCUCAAAAUGGGAUUUGAUGGAGGUAUUUAUUAUAAAAAAAGACUGCUGAAUCUUUCCAUUUACAGUUGCACCAUAUGCUGCAAAGGAAUACUGUGGUGUGUGAAGAAGUUUGCCAGCUGUAUUUGGUUUAGUGAUCUGUCUUGCAAACAGUGGGUUGUAUCCAGCUUUGCUCAUACUUGAAAUAGACCCAGUGAAAUAAAAAGGACUUCAGUUAGUCAGGACUAAGUGACUGAUUAGUUUCAGUGGGUCUCUUUCAAGUAUCAGUAAAUCUGGAUCCAUCCUAUUAAACAUUCUAUGGUUCCAGAUUGUCAAGUAGCCAUUAUAAGGCCACAUGCAUUGCUAUGAUCCCACGCUUGUUGCCUGCCUAUGGACUUGUCACCUGUGCUCACUUGGGGUAUUCUGGUGCCUUUGUUGCUAAAGAGGUGUAUUCUGUUAUUUCAUCAGUACCUACUGUUUUAAAGAUAGGCCAUGUUGGCUUUGAAGUUCUGAGAAUAUUAACCCCCAGAAGCAAUUCUUCUACCCUCUGCUAUUGUAUCACCUGGUUUGUGAUUCUGACCUUGUCUCUGUCCCUGUGAUUAUAUAUCCUGUUAGGUAUCUUUAAGAAAAAUCUUUUUGGAACAUUUGGGAAAGCAGUGUCUCAGAGUGGGCCACAUGUUCUCAGAGUGUGUGAUUGGCUGUUAAGGGGUUCUUAAGGUUUCUUGGGCAGUGGUCUUUUCCAGAUGUACUAGGAAACAACUGCCAUUGGUCCUUUGAACCACUGAAUCUUUGAAUCUUCUGCAUUUGAAGCAUGUGCUCUACCACUACUGAUCUCUGGUCUUUCCUCUAAAAACUUUCUGUUUGCAUGAUUGCCCUAAGAGUUUUCAUAGGUAUGGUUAUGACAAACUACUGGAUAGUGGAAGCUUUCUGCUACACUGAGCUGCUUUGCAAACCUGAGAUUCUGAAAUGAGGGGGAUCUCCCCGUCCAGGAGGAGGCAUGAGAGAAUCCCUCCAACUGCCCCAACUCUCCGAACAGCUUUCAAAUAAAAAUUUAUCUGCUUUGGCAACCAUUCUACAAUUUAGUGCUUCCGGAAGCUCCCUUGUUGCUCAGCAUAUACCACUGAAUUCUUUUUAAAACUAAUGUAUUACUGUCCUGUCUGUCUGCCUGUCUGUCUGUCUGUCAGCAGAAUUAGAAUCUCUUGAUAGCCCUUUGAAAUCUAGGGGCAGAUGAGUAAGGGGAAGCCCAGUUGUGAGAGAGUCUGUUGAUACAGUACACAAUGCUGUAUUUGCACUUCAAGGCAUCAAGGAAGUGAUGGAUUUUUAAAAAUUGUCAGAACAAUCUAGAACAGAAUUUGCCUUCCCUUUCUCUUCUGAAAUGCCUCUUGAAAUACUCCUCCUUCCUGUUCCUGGAAAUACAAAACAACAUAGUGGUGGAUAACAUCAAAAGCCUGCCUAAUCCUGUUUCCCAUAGUGACUGACCGAUGACCAUGGGCAGGACCUGAGUACAGCUAAACUAAAACUUCCUCCUAUAGCAACUGGCAUUGGGAGGCAUAAUACCUCUGAUAUAAGAAAUAUACUUUGUCUUUCUUCUUCUUUUCCAGUAGUAAUUCUAUAGUUUACGAGUAUACUGGAGUAGAAAUGCAUUUACUGCUGUUUUCAGCACAUGUAAGACAACAAUGCCUGAGUUGUGCUAAUGGACUCUGGUACAGAAAGGGCAUCAGUUAAUGUGCUUACACUUCCCAUUAUGUUACCUCUUUCUUCAGUUUUCACUGAAAGUAAUAAUAAGAAACAAAAAAUAGGGAGGGGACAAGGGUUAGAAAAGAUGGUCAGUCGCUGUGAACAGAGAAAAAGUUUUAGUUUUUAAUGAAAUUCAUUUCAAAGAAAUUUUAAACAGGUGCAGAUUGGAAAAUGUGACAUGUAAUAUGAUGGUUAAGACCAAGAACGUGCUGUAUAACCUGGGGAAUCCCCUUUUCCAGUUUCUGUGAAACAGUUAAUUUAGUGGAAUCCUCAUUUCUCAGCCUGAGUAUGUUGAUAAAAAUCCUAGCUUCCAAUUAGGGCUCAGUUGUAUUGAGAUUGUUGAAUGAACAUAUAUGGGAUCAUGUUGAGACAUUAGCAUACAGUAUACGGUACUUUUCUUAAAUAUCUAAAUUUUUAAGAAGACCUGGCCUUGUUUGAGUUAUUGUACUGUGUGUUUAUGCAUGUCUGUGUAUGUGCAUUCUCAUAUUUGACACUGAUUCAAAUAUGGGCAUCGGCCCUCUUUACUGGAGUUGUACAAUUUAGAACAGAACUAGAAACACAAGUAGUGUUCUAGAAAGGAAGUAUAAAACUGGGUGCAUUUUAUGUACUCAUCUAAGGAUAGAAUGCAAAGACAUAGUCAUGUUAGUAUGAGAAAUCAGAAUACAAAGGGAUCUUGUAGCAUCUUUGAGACUAAUUGACUAAUCAUUCUACGAAAGCUCAUGAUACCAGCUUUCUUUCAGUUAAUCUCAAAGGUGGUACAAGAUCCCUUCACACUCAUCUAGGGAUAGUUAUUCAGACUUUACUAUCUGUGGUCAUUUUGCCAAGAUGUAUGAAUCUACUGGCUGUGCUGUACAAUACCCAGAUGGCUUAGGGAUAUCAGGAUCUGGAGUUCCAAGCUUUUGAAAAUUGGAACAUAAGAGGCUGCCUUCUACCAGGUAAAACCACUGAGCAUCUACAUUAGUAUUACCUUCUCAAUCUGGCAAUCUCCAGAUAUCUUGAAUUGUAAAUCCUAUCAUCCAUAAACAGCAUGGAGAUAGUAAGAGUUACAAGUAUACCUAUAUUAAUGACGUAGAUGUGAUCCAGGACGUUACUACUUUAACAGAAAAUUUAGUACCAGAGGAAGAAAUAGCAUAGAAAGAGUAACAAUUGAUUCCUACACACAAAAAGGAAGAAGAACAGUUCAGCACAUUUCAGCAAAAUUUUAAUUUCAGAUUAACAAUAUGCCCAUGUGAAACCAGGCCAGGUAAGCUUUGCCUAACUAAACAAAAAAGUUUUUGAACCUUCCAGAGACCACUUGAAAAAAUUUAUCUAGAGAUUACAUUCCCCCCCCCCCCCCCCUCCCACUUUUCUUAUACUGUAAUUUCCAUUUUGGUGACAAGACUUCUUGGUGUGUGUGUAUUUUACAUGCUGGCCAGGUUCAUUUGCUGUCACCUGUUUUGUUUCUGUUGUUCAUACAUGCUUGGUAAGGGAUUUUGGAGACUCUGAAGUUUACCUUGCCUGUAGUAAGAAGGCACGCAUAGAGGAUGAGAAGAGAGGAAUGCGGGUUCUUCGGAACAUCUGUUUUGUAUGUUUAGACUGGAGGCUGUUAUUGCAUUGCUUAUAUUUUAAGGAGGUACCUGCAUGGAAAAUGCACAGAAUCUGGAUCCAGACAACCCAUCUAGUUGGUUACCUAACUUUAGUGAAAGAGGAGGAGGAUGUGGUGCAGCCAUGCGCUCAAUGUGCAUUGGACUGAGAUUUCGUCACUCAGAACAGCUGGAAACCUUGAUUGCAGUCAGCAUAGAAAGUGGACGAAUGACUCACCACCACCCUACUGGAUACCUAGGAUCCCUGGCUUCUGCUCUCUUCACAUCUUAUGCUGUGAAUCGCAAACCAACCCAUGAAUGGGGGAAAGGGCUGAUGGACGUACUACCAAAAGCAAAAGCCUAUAUCCAGAAGUCAGCUUCCUUUGUUGAAAAGAACCUGAAACAUUGGAGUUACUUUGAAAACCAGUGGAACAAGUACCUGGAAAUCAGAGGCAUUUCAGAUGGAAAGUCCCCUCCUUCCUUCCCUGAAAUUUAUGGUGUGAAAGAGAGGGAUGAAUUCUAUACAUCCUUGAGUUUCUCUGGCUGGGGAGGCAGCAGUGGGCAUGACGCUCCAAUGAUUGCUUACGAUGCUUUCCUUGGUGCUACCAGCUGGACUGAACUAGCUCAUAGGGGCUUCUUCCAUGGUGGGGACAGUGAUUCUACUGGAGUUAUUGCCGCCUGCUGGUGGGGGGCAAGGUAUGGCUUCAAAGGGGUCAGUGCAAGUAACUAUAAGGAAAUUGAAUACCGAGAUCGAUUGGAGAAAGUAGCCAGGGAGCUCUAUCACCUUAGCUUGAUUGCUGAAUAGUGAUCUGUGAUAAUUUGUGGUUUUUGUGAUAACAGUGAUAAUUUGCUAAACUUUGCUGUCCUCUUGGAAAAAUUAUAGUGCCUAUAAAUAUUUGGGGAUUCUGGGAGUUGCAGUCCAAAAAAGUAACUUUCCAAAUUCUGAAACAGUGCCUGCCAUAAAGCAGAAGUUUAACUCCACCAAAACACAUUCUCCAUGAAUGCUUGUUGUAAUGAUUGAAAAUAUUAACAGUGGCAGAAAUCCAGUGUCUUAAAAGAGUGGAUGCCUGCUCAUGCCAAGAUGACUUUGCCCUCCUUUCAUUUGAAGCAUUCUGCACCCUCCAAUGCCCAUAGGAAUGCAAAACCUCCAAAAAUCUGUUCCAAAUCUUGAGAGUGUGGACUGGGAAAAAGGUAGGGGGAUUCCUUACCACUAUUUUUACCUGAUGGAAAUACUGUAAUUCCAUCAGCAGAAGUCAACUGCUCAGUAAUUACCUGCUCAGUAAUUCUGCAUAUUGAUCCAAAUGGUCAGGGAAAUAAGAAUGUAGGCUAGUUCCAUUCUACUGUGUGUCAAUACAAUGUUGAAAUGCUAUGAAUUGGUGCUGUAAUGUGGGUGGUAUGCUAAAGUUAGCUUGAGGAAAAUAUUGAUUACCCCCUGAAUUGUGGGCUUUAGCUUUAAAUUUAGCCAUUAAAAUUUUCCAUACCUC